UAUCAAUAAAAUAAACUAGUAUACAAACAUUUUAUUUAUAUCUAUUAAAAAUGAUUAGUUUCAUCAAUUUCUUAUGGGACAUCCUGUAUUAUGACAAAAAUAUUGAGAAAGGGCAGUAUGCCUUCUUUUCUUACUGUGAUUUUAACCAUAAUUUAAACUGCGGUAUGUCAAACACAUUCAGCCACGUAUGCAAUCUAUCUGGAUGAUGUGAGUUUUGAUUCCAAAGGAUCUCUGCGAGAUAAUCAAGUCCGUUGAAAGAGCAUUUAUGCGUCUGUAAAGUAUAGUCUAUUUCUCUAUUUUUUUCCAAGCCACAUUUUGCGCAUCGAUUGUAAAAUAAUUAUCUAGAAAAUGAUAUCGUACUUCUAGAGCGUUUCGACGGUCAGCUUCAAUCAACAUCUUCUCCAUCGCACUUAAUAAAGUCGGGAAUAUAUUUUUGUUCAAGUAAUCUGGAACGCUUUCACGGGAUGAAUUCAUCGUUCCAUUCGCCUGUCAAAAAACCGUUAUGAAUCUAUUAAUUAAACGAAUAUAGAUACAAAUCAACUGUGAACUAUUAUAUUUAGCUUAUGUCAAAUUUACUUGUCAACUUUAAACGAUAAGAGAAGCCACAAUACACAAUGUUGAAAAGUAGAAAAUCGAAAUUCUAUAUAUCACAUUUCAUUCAUUUUUAUCACAUAAAAUAAUAAAUUUUUAUAUAAAUAUACAAAAGCAACGCAAUUAUAGAAUUUCUAAAUGUCCAGUAAAUCUAUAAGAUAUGAGUGUCUUCCAACUUGUCCUAAAGUGAAGAAAUACCUUCGUGCAGCAAGUACAUUAUUUUCUAAAAUAUUUUAGAAUCAACGCAAAUUAUUAAUAAGUUUUUGAAAAAAAAAAUGUUUCAAAAUAGUCAAAGAAGCGCCUUGGCUGCUGGAUGACAUAAUAUUUCCGCAGAAAAUCGAUGUGCAGCCACAACUUCCGGAUAUUACUCGAGAGCGAGAAAUACAAAACGGGCUGAUCGAUGCAAUUUAUAAAAGACUAGUCGAUUAUCAUGAAAAAAUUGAGGUGACACCGUCUAAAGCGAUAGAAGAUAUCGAAGUGAAAUCUGAAGUCCAAGAAGAAGCAGUUGUCCAGGAACGAGUUGUUAUCCCGACAGAAAAAAUAGUGUAUCAUGAUGAAGACAAAAUCGAUUUGGUUGAAGAAGAAGAAAUCUCGAUUAUCCAGGAGCAACCAGUCAUCCCGACAAAAAAAAUAAAAGAUCGUGAUGAAGAAAAAGUCGAUUUGGUUGAAAAAGAAGAAAUCUCGAUUAUUCAGGAUGAGCAACCAGUCAUCUCGAUGGAAAGGAUAGCGGAUGAAGAAAAAAUUGAGGAAAAGGAAUUAGCUGAAAGAAUUGUAGCAGAACCCGUAAAACAGAUACCCGAGAUUGUCGAGGAAGAGCUCGAACCGGAACUGCAGGAGCUGAAAGAAUAUUUCGAAGCGGAGAGGCGCGUGGAAAAUGGCGAGGAAGAAGGCGCUACUGACUACGAAAAAUUUAUUGACGAGGAAUUGCAGGAGUUUCUGCCCGCUCUAAUAGCGAAGGAAAUUCCGGAAGAGCCGAGAGCGAUGCCUCGAGAAAUUUCCCGGAAUGCGGCCGACCUAUACGAGAAAAUCGAUAGACCGAGAAAGCCUGAAGAAGCGAGACGAGCCAAAGAAGAAGAAGUAAUGGUAUCUACAAAAGUGAAGCGAAUCUUUUCACGCAAAUCUGCUGAUGUCUGCGAUGACACAUGUCCUUUGAUAAAGGAGCAAAAAGGCGAGCUUAUUUUUCAGAAAGAGGAGAAACGUCAAUACUGUCGUUUGCCGAGAAGUAUUGAUUUUUCCCUUCCUAAGAACGUCUACAUAUACAUAUUACAUUAUAUACAUACAUUUUGCAAUUUUAUAAAAUCGAAAUUUCCUACUAUUGUAGAACGCAUUAUGCGCAAAUUGAAGGAACGACAGCGGGUUGUAGAUCAUUAUCGCCUGACAAAGGGUUUCAGCUACUUCGAGGACGUAUGCACGUGCUCUCUGGCUUGCAUGGUGUACACUCUGAGCAAGGAUCCGUUUGUGAGAAGCGUAUUUGCGUCCCUCGCAUUGUUUGCGGUCGGAUUAAAGCUGUGCUCCGAGCUGGAUGCAUGGGAGAUGCCAAGUCGCGUUUCAUAACAUUAGAUGUUAUCAAUAUUAAUUAUUAUUAAACUUCCUCGUCAGUUAUAUUAAAGUAUAAACUACCCGAGUAACAAACUGACACCAUUAAACGUCAAAAUAACGUCGA